GGUUGUCGUUACGCGAACAUUCCGAGACGAAAACUGCCGGCGUAAGCGGUUUAGUGGUUCGCAGAAAAGAUCCGUUUAGUGACGGAACGCGAUCGUUAGAGAAUCUGAGACACAAACCGUUGUCUACCGGCAACACGGAUCUCUGGCCAUCCGUAGUUUGAACUUUUGGAUUUUUGCAACUCGGUCGCUGGACGAUUAAGCAACAGCACAGUACAUCACCAUCAAAAUGCAUCGCGCAAGGACGGCUCUACACCUGGUGAACCCGAUGGGUCAGCAGAGCUUCGGUUCUUUUCUGCUGAAAACACCGGCAUCGAAGCUGACCACGGAGCUGGUGGCAGCCUCGUCGGUGAAAUUGUACAACUCCGCCGCGGCAGAACCAUUUCUGAAUGGGUCUUCAUCGAACUACAUCGACGACAUGUACAAUGCAUGGCUGCGGGAUCCGGCUUCCGUGCAUGCGUCUUGGGAUGCAUAUUUCCGCAACAAUUCAUACGCAGGACCCCCAACGCUCGUUCCGUCACCGAAGCACCACGUUCCCGCUGCACAGUACCUCGGUAGCUCGCUGCCCGCCUUGGCCGGCGCUGGCGCCGCCGUGGGUGGUCGUAUCGACGAUAAGCUAAUCGAUGACCAUCUUGCCGUUCAAGCUAUCAUUCGCAGCUACCAGAUUAGAGGGCAUAAUGUAGCCCGCCUUGACCCGCUCGGCAUCAAUAGUGCAGACCUGGACGAUAAGACUCCGCCGGAGUUGCUGUAUUCGUCCUACCGUUUCGUCCCGGCCAGGAUUUUGGACUGUGUAAGCGAAGAAGAUCGUCAACUGCUGUUGGGCAUGAAGGAAUCCGACAUGGAGCGCGUGUUUAAGCUGCCGAGCACCACGUUCAUUGGUGGCAAGGAAAAGUUUCUGCCGCUGCGCGAAAUCCUGGGGCGCCUCGAGAAGGCGUACUGCAACAAGAUCGGCGUCGAGUUUAUGUUCAUCAAUUCGCUCGAGCAGUGCAACUGGAUUCGCGAGCGCUUCGAGACGCCCAACAUCAUGAACUACAGCAACGAUGAGAAGCGUCUGAUCCUGGCGCGUGUCACGCGUGCCACGGGCUUCGAGGCGUUCCUGGCAAAGAAGUUCUCGUCGGAAAAGCGGUUCGGGCUGGAGGGCUGUGAAAUCAUGAUUCCCGCCAUGAAGGAGGUGAUCGACGUGUCGACUCGGCUCGGCGUCGAGUCCAUCAUUAUGGGAAUGCCGCAUCGUGGCCGCCUUAACGUGCUGGCCAACGUGUGCCGCAAACCGCUGCAUCAGAUCUUCACCCAGUUCGCUGGAUUGGAAGCGGCUGAUGAUGGUUCCGGUGACGUGAAGUACCACCUGGGAACGUACAUCGAGCGACUGAAUCGCGUGACGAACAAAAACAUUCGUCUGGCUGUCGUGGCCAACCCGUCCCAUCUGGAGGCCGUGGACCCGGUCGUACAGGGCAAAACGCGGGCCGAGCAGUUCUAUCGCGGCGAUGGUGAGGGUAAAAAGGUAAUGUCCAUCCUGCUGCACGGCGACGCUGCGUUCUGCGGCCAGGGUGUGGUGUUUGAAACGAUGCAUCUGUCGGAUCUGCCGGACUACACGACGCACGGCACGGUGCACAUCGUGGUGAACAAUCAGAUCGGCUUCACGACCGAUCCCCGUCACUCGCGCUCUUCGCCGUACUGCACGGAUGUGGCGCGCGUUGUCAACGCACCGAUCUUCCACGUCAACGGUGAUGACCCGGAAGCGGUGAUGCACGUGUGCAAGGUGGCGGCCGAGUGGCGCGCCACCUUCCACAAGGACGUGAUUAUCGACAUCGUGAGCUACCGGCGCAACGGUCACAACGAGAUCGAUGAGCCCAUGUUCACGCAGCCCCUGAUGUACAAGAAAAUCCGCGGCACCAAGCCGGCGCUGGACAUCUACGCCAACCAGCUGAUCAGCGAGGGUGUCGUAACGGCCGAGGAGGUGAAGAGCGUCAAGGACAAGUACGAGAAGAUUUGUGAGGAGGCCUUCGAGCAGGCCAAAACGGAAACGCACAUUAAGUACAAGGAUUGGAUCGACUCGCCGUGGUCCGGGUUCUUCGAGGGUAAGGACCCACUUAAGGUCGCCCCGACCGGUGUGAUCGAGGAGACACUGGUGCACAUUGGCAACCGUUUCUCUUCGCCACCACCCAACGCGGCGGAAUUCGUCAUCCACAAGGGCUUGCUGCGUGUGCUGGCCGCCCGCAAGGAGAUGCUCGAAAACAAGACGAUCGAUUGGGCGUUGGCCGAAGCGAUGGCGUUCGGUUCGCUGCUGAAGGAGGGCAUUCACGUGCGUCUCUCCGGUCAGGACGUCGAGCGUGGCACGUUCUCGCAUCGCCAUCACGUGCUACACCAUCAGACGGUCGAUAAGGCCACCUAUCGACCACUGUGCCACCUCUACCCGGAUCAGGCCCCGUACACCGUCUGUAACAGCUCGUUGUCGGAGUUCGGUGUGCUCGGGUUCGAGCUCGGCUACUCGAUGACCAAUCCGAAUGCGCUCGUCUGCUGGGAGGCCCAGUUUGGUGACUUCAACAAUACCGCCCAGUGCAUUAUCGAUCAGUUCGUCUCCUCUGGGCAGGCCAAAUGGGUGCGUCAGAGCGGAUUGGUGAUGCUGCUGCCCCACGGUAUGGAGGGAAUGGGCCCGGAGCACUCGUCGGCCCGCGUCGAACGAUUCUUGCAAAUGUGCUCGGACGAUCCGGACUACUUCCCACCCGAGUCGGACGAGUUUGCCAUCCGGCAGCUACACGACAUUAACUGGAUAGUGGCCAACUGCUCGACGCCUGGCAACUAUUUCCAUCUUUUGCGCCGACAGAUUGCGUUGCCUUUCCGCAAGCCUCUGAUCGUGUUAACACCAAAAUCGUUGCUACGUCAUCCGGAAUGCCGCAGCAACUUCAGCGAGAUGACUGAUGGAACCGAAUUCAAGCGAUUGAUCCCGGAUGCACUGACCGCCGAGAACCCGAAUGGCGUCAAGCGAGUCAUCUUCUGCACCGGUCGUGUGUACUACGAUCUGCUGAAGGCGCGUCGCGAUCGUCAGCUGGACAGCAGCAUCGCUAUCAGCCGCAUCGAACAGAUCUCACCCUUCCCGUACGAUCUGGUGAAGGCGGAGUGCGCCAAGUACCCCAACGCCGAGCUGGUGUGGGCCCAGGAGGAACACAAGAACCAGGGCUGCUGGACGUACGUGCAGCCUCGCUUCGAUACCGCAAUCAACUCGACGCGUGAUUUCAGCGAUGACAGCGUGCAAGACGAAAAGCUUGUGCAGCAGAAAACCGGCCAAGGAUUCAAUAUCCCGCAGGGUACCUUUAACUCUCCAACGAGCGGUUCCGCUGCCAGCAAGGGUCGUAAAGUGCGAAUCUCAUCGCGACCACUUAGCUACGUUGGACGUCCGUGCGGUGCGUCGACCGCCACUGGCUCUAAGGCACAACACGUGAAGGAAUUGAAGAACCUCCUGGACGACGCAAUGGCCUUAUAAAUUAAGUUCGACUUGUGCAACACAAUACUUCGCAUAAAAACACUGGACACUGUUAUUGUUUGUCUGUGGGUAUUACCGUACACAUUGCUGUCCGCGGCCGACACAAUUGUGCCGGAGAAGAUCCGGUGAAUAAAGUGGACGAUGACGACGGCGGAGGAGAAAGAACCACAAGAACACAGGGACCUUCGACUUGACUGUUAGUCAAACGCCGAACUAAUGCUACGAUAUUAAAUAUGAAUUACGUUAGUCCCACUGUGCAGCAACAACACAACAACGCGCACGCGAGUGAUGCUUGGUUAUUUAUGAAGUUUUUCACUAGUUUUAGUAGUUCCCCUAUUUAAUAUACGGUAGGCGAAAAGGGCAAUGAACCACCCAUCGGAACGCAAACAAAUCAACAGGAGCAGCCGAAGACCAUUUGUAUCAUCGCCCUCCAGAUCCCAGCUGCAGUUUCAAGCGAAGGACGAUAGAGUUCUUCUCAUGUGUGAGAAUGGCCUACACGUGUGGCGCUUCUAGAUACAUUUAUUUUUAAUUAGUGAAAGAUCCAUACCGAACCGAAGCAAGUCUCGGGUCUCAGAUGCGCAGGAAAUCAAUGUUGAAAUAUUUAUUUAUGCUAAUAUUCUUACGGUGUGUCAGACAUGGGUUUGGCCGCGAAUGACUCGGCAACCCGUAGACAGUCCUGUCGCUAGUGAGUGGGGCGCGGGUAUAGUCGAUGUGGGAGGACGGGUCUGUCGUGAUAAAUAAAUGCACAGAUGGAAUGGAAGCA